AGAGACAGAGAUUUCGAGAAUUUUCCAAAAAUUUAAUAUACUUAAAAGCUAGUUGGACAAUAAUGCAAAAGAGGGUUAGUAUGAUUGGGACCGUAUGAAAGAAGGAUCGUUUCAAUUGAUGUCUCUAAGGACAUGUUUGGACUAAUCCUCACUGACAGUCAAAAGAUAAUCAUAUCUGCAUAUGCAUAUCCCAAAAUCCGAAUAUUCGUCCUUUAAAAAAAAUUUAAAUUUUAUGCAUAAUAAAAAAAAAUAUAGCCAUGGAUUUGAUUCAAAUGAUACCCAUUUGAAGGAUUCUUCCGUGCAUAUGGUUGUCUCUCUGCAUAAAGCCUGCUCUAGUUUCAUCAGCAAAUGAAAAGAUGUCUUCGAAAAAAGUGCGGGGAAGUGCAGGAGAGAAAACUUUGUCACCUGAAGAGCAGGAAGCUAAGAUCAAUGAAAUUAGGAAGCUAAUAGGUCCUGCCACCAGUAAGGUUCCAGUCCCAUGUUCAGAUGAUAUUAUAUCAAGGUAUCUGAGAGCAAGGAACUGGAAUACAAAGAAGGCAACCAAGAUGCUGAAAGAUACCGUAAAAUGGAGGAUGGAACACAAGCCAGAGAAGAUCCGAUGGGAAGAUAUCGCUCAGGAAGCUGAGACAGGAAAAAUUUACAGGGCUAAUUACCAUGACAAGCAGGGAAGGACUGUUCUUGUUAUGAGACCUGGUUUCCAGAAUACAAAUUCAACAAAAGGGCAGAUCAAGUACUUGGUUUACUGUAUCGAGAAUGCCUUAAUGAAUUUAAAUCCAGAUCAGGAGGAGAUGGUGUGGCUAAUAGAUUUUCAGGGAUGGACCAUGUCAAGCAUAUCAAUGAGGGUAACCCGAGAAACAGCUAAUAUAUUGCAGGAUCAUUAUCCGGACAGAUUGGGCCUUGCAAUCCUUUAUAAUCCACCAAAAAUAUUUGAGUCAUUUUGGACGAUGGUGAGACCCUUCCUUGAGACCAAGACAUACCAAAAAGUGAAGUUCGUCUACUCCAACGAUGCUGUAAGCCAGAAGAAAAUGGAAGAGCUCUUUGACAUGGACACAUUAGAAUCUUCAUUUGGUGGAAGAAACUCAACCGGGUUCAACUACGAGACAUAUGCAAAACAGAUGAUGGAGGAUGACAAGAAGAUGGACAAUUUCAUCAAUUCUGGGUGCUCAUCCCUACACUUCCAACCAUCUUUCAUGGCCUCUGAGGCCUCUGAUGGAGGCGGCAUUGCAUCCAGCCACGAAAACCCACCAGUUAGCUGCAAAGAUGUUCCCAAAAUUGAAGCAGACAUGCCCAAAGAGAUGCAGAAAGGGUGAGUUUCUGGGGAAUGAUAAGUCUUGUUUCAGAUUGAAUCGCAUUAUAGUAGCAUGAACACAACAUUUUGUUCAAAAGUUUGUCUUCUAGAUUGAAGGUGGACUUGGCUGUCAUUUGUUAACAUUUAUACACGAUUGUAUCAAUAUAUAUACUGUUCUUUUAA